AUGGGUUUGUUAGCAGCCAAAGACGAAACCACCAUGCACGAGGAGCGUGUCUCGGAUGCCACUCAGGAUGCGACCGUGGUUGAUCGCAACAUCCAUCACCCCACAGGCUGGUGGAACUGGAGAAUCGUCCUGUCUAUGAUAAUCGUGGGAUUGUCGAUGGGCCUCUACGGCUAUGACAACAGCUUUGUCAGCCCGCUAAUGAGCUUGCCUUUGAUGAUUGAGAAAUAUCAGGGUUACGGGGUGGCCUUUACAGCCCACAAUCUCGAUGUUCUUGUCACAGUUCCCCUGGUCGGCGCCGCCAUGGGUACCUUUCUUGCCACUCCCGCAAUGAAGUACUUUGGCCGCAAGAAGACUUUUAUCGGCGCCUACUUCCUGCUCUGCACUCCCGGCUCGUUUCUACAACUAUUUUCCCCCAAUAUCAGUAGCAUGACGGUGGGAAGAUUCUGGAAUUAUUUGGGGAUCAGUGUUCUGACAACCACGGCUCCGCUUUACCUGUCGGAACUUGUCCCUGCCCAUGUACGCGGCAGAGCGGUUGGCUUUUGCGUAGCAGGAGUGGGCGCCGUGGCCAUCAUCGCGACGACCAUCGUGUGGGCGACCGAAAGGAUCGACGACGAGAGGCAGUACAAGAUCCCUUUGGCUGUUCAAGCCGCCUGCCCCGUGGCUUUUGGCUUCCUGACCUUUCUGUGCCCCGAGUCGCCGCUCUGGUAUCUCCAACACGGCAAGCUCGAGGAGGCCCGACGCAUCCUUAUGUCUAUUCGCAACCAAAAGACGGACAUUGUCGACGCAGAAAUAUCCAUGUACCGGAUCACCCUUGAAGAAGAAGCCGAGAUGCGGAAACAGACCAGGUUCUGGGACAUUUUGAAUCGCGCCAACCUCAAGCGAACCCUCACCGCCGGUGCUUUGAUCAGCGCAAGUCAAGUGGGUGGACAGAUCCUGGUCGGAACCUAUUCGACCGUCAUCCUCGUCCAGAGCGGGGUGGGAAACCCGUUCCAGAUGACCGUCGUCAUCGCGUGCCUCCAGUUUCUGGGGACCAUCGUUGGCCCUACCUUGGUGGACAGGGCUGGGCGCCGACCCGUGGCCCUCGUCGGCUUUUCCCUCCUCUUCCUGCUCAACAUGGCUGCUGGGGGUCUAGCAGCCGCCGGACUGACGACGAAUAGCCAGAGACUGGGCCUUGCCUCCGUCUUUAUCAUCUUUGGCUUUGUCAAUGCCGUCUCGUUCCAAUCUUUGGCCUAUGUUCUCCCCACCGAAAUCGCCACGCCCACCCUGCGCGAGCCCACCAUGACGUGGGCCAUGUUCUGGUCGUACGUGACAGCCAUCAUCACGACGUUUGCCAUUCCGCAGAUCACGGCCGCCGACGCCGGCAACCUGGGUGCCAAAGCCGCCUUCAUCUUCGCCGGCUGCGUCUUGAUCACGACCAUUUGGGCCUACUUUUACAUUCCCGAGACAAGGGCCCGCACCGUCGUCGAGGUCGACGAGAUGUACGCCCUCAAGCUGCCCAUGCGGAAGUGGAGACAUUACCAGUGCCAGACUGUCCAGCUCACCGCCGAGAUUGUCGAGCACAAGAGUGCGGGUGCGGACCACUCUGAAGCGGGAGCUGCGGUCUAG